UUUGUUUAAUUCGUUUCAAUUUUAUACUUUCGUUUCGAUGUUUGCAACGUUUUUCAACCACACCAGUUCAUAAAAUUUUGUUCAUCAGUUUCGGUCGCGGAUGUCAGUUUAGUAGUUCUUAAGUAUUAUUCACGCAAUUAAUCGCAUCUCGUCUGACGCGUUAGGAGUUAUUAAUUUUUUUAUUUUUUUUUAUUAUAUAUUAUAUAAAUAUGUUUGUUGUGUUUGUUGAAGUGCAUUAAAAGUGUUUUCAUUUUUCAUUACAAGGAGUUUAAAAACAAUCUUUAACAUUUUUGCUAUGGCAGAAGGUAAUGGUGAAUUACUGCAAGACGAAUCGAUGAAGAUUGACGUGGAGGCCGAGCGUACAGAGGAUUACCAAAAGUUGAUUGAGUAUGGACUGGAUGAGAAGGUGGCGGCUAAGCUUGAUGAGAUUUAUAAGACUGGGAAACUUGCACAUGUCGACUUAGAUGAGAGGGCUUUAGAUGCCCUGAAAGAGUUCCCCGUAGAUGGGGCUCUGAAUGUGCUUGGCCAGUUCCUAGACUCCAAUCUGGAACAUGUAUCUAAUAAGUCGGCAUAUCUGUGUGGUGUGAUGAAAACCUAUAGGCAAAAGAGCAGAGCCGGAUCAAGUCAGGGAAGUGCUACCCCAGCUCCUGCUGCUGUUAAAGGUCCUGAUGAGGAGAAAAUCAAACUUAUACUUGACAGGACUGGUUAUACAUUAGAUGUUACAACAGGGCAAAGAAAGUAUGGUGGUCCGCCACCUGGCUGGGAUGGUUCUACACCUGGUGCUGGCUGUGAGGUAUUUUGUGGCAAAAUACCGAAGGAUAUGUAUGAGGACGAACUAAUUCCACUAUUCGAGGAAUGCGGAACUAUAUGGGACUUGCGCUUAAUGAUGGACCCUAUGACCGGAACUAAUCGCGGCUAUGCGUUUGUCACCUUUACCAAUCGCGACGCUGCCCAGGUUGCUGUACAGAAGCUCGAUAAUCAUGAAAUCAAACCCGGCAAGACUCUGAAAAUUAACGUUAGCGUUCCGAACCUUCGGCUAUUUGUGGGCAACAUACCAAAGUCUAAAGGCAAAGAGGAGAUUCUGGACGAGUUUGGUAAAUUAACAGCCGGUCUGAUGGAAGUAAUCAUAUACAGUUCGCCUGACGACAAGAAGAAGAACCGCGGCUUUUGCUUCUUAGAGUACGAAUCCCACAAGGCUGCGUCGCUAGCCAAAAGAAGAUUGGGCACCGGACGCAUCAAGGUUUGGGGCUGUGACAUUAUCGUCGACUGGGCGGAUCCGCAGGAGGAGCCAGACGAGCAGACCAUGUCCAAGGUGAAGGUACUCUACGUCCGCAACCUGACGCAAGACAUCUCCGAAGAGAAGCUCAAGGAAUCCUUCGAGGCCUUCGGGAAGGUGGAACGUGUAAAAAAGAUCAAGGACUAUGCCUUUAUUCAUUUUGAAGACCGGGACAAUGCAGUGAAAGCAAUGGAAGAACUAGAUGGUAAGGAAAUGGGUGGAUCAAACAUAGAAGUCUCUUUAGCCAAACCUCCGUCCGAUAAGAAGAAAAAGGAAGAGAUUCUACGUGCAAGGGAAAGAAGAAUGAUGCAGAUGAUGCAAGUGAGAGGAGGCAGUAUGGUGCCGGCAAAUAUGCCCCUAAGAGGUCCAGCUGGUCAAGGACCAAGAACUGGUACUGGUAUGAGGGGGCCAAUGGGCCGAGGAGAUUACGAUUAUGAUUACGACUAUUACGGUUACGGGGAUUAUCGAGGCGGCUACAGUGACCCCUAUUACGAUGACUUUUACCGGUAUGAAGAGUACUAUUAUGAUUACCCGCCGGCACCACCGCAAGCUCGAGGGAGAGGCAGACAGCCACAACCGGAACUGGAUGAAACGAAUACAUUGAACUCUACAAGUGUGUACUACGAAGUGAACAGUGGGACACAGGCUGGCCGUGGGCGUGGGGUGGUGGCACGUGGCCGGGCCGGUGGCCCCCCAGCCCGUGGGGCAGUGGCCAACAGAGCGGGCCGGGGAGGAGCAGCAGGGGUGCGUGGAGCACCACGCCAAGCCGCCCGUGGGGGGGCUCGCGCCAAGGGAAGUUUACCAGCAGGUAAGCGGAAAUUCGACGGGGGUCACCAGAACCAGGGGGAGUCAAAGCGCAGAUACCAGAGUAAUUGGGGUAGUCAGCCUCUGGCGCAGCAGCCUCUGGGUGCAGCAAAUGGAGAACAGUGGUAUCAAGACUCGUAUCAAUCUUGGAGUUAAAGUAUUUAUGUGAACAGAGUGCACCCACGGUGGGACUGAAAUUGAGUGGCCCUGCGUCUGGGCAGCAACAACAUCGACGUCGGGUGGGAUAGGGCUCAUCCCUUCCUUCGGGGGGGAUGGAUCCGUCCACUGGCUAAGUGGAACCCAUGUAC